AUGUUAGUGAUAAAACCGUGUAAUCUCAUUUCAGCGAACUUAUACGCAAAUAAAUGUUGUAUAUCGGACGAAAAUUCGUUGUUUUUGCGCUUAAAUCGUAGUAACGGAGAUGAAUGGUACCAGCCGCGCUGUAGCAAGUACUUCGUCGACGAGAACGGCCGGUUUCCCUGCGAGAAGUGCGGCAAAAGCUACAAGCAAAAGACCCACCUGAUCAGGCACUUGCACUUCGAGUGCGGCGUCGAGCCCAAGUUCGCCUGCAGGUGCGGCAGGAAGUUCAAGCAGCGCAGCAACUACAACACCCACAUCAAGAUGAUGCACCAUUUUUGAACUCCCCCGCGUUUUUUCUUUUUUCGGCUGGACCAAUAAAUUUUAUCGAUUUUUCCUCGCUUGUUUUUAUACCCGCUGUUUCGCUCGAGAUAGGCCAAUAAAUUUCCCGAAUACACCCCUGUCGUUUUCGCGACAGGACCGCACCCAACUCAAUUUACCACCCUGAUUACACCCCUGUCGCUUUAAACUCGUUCCACACGACAGGACAGUAUCUACAAGUAAGUACUUACACCAUAGAUAUAAAACAGAUAAAUGGCGUCAAAAAUUUUUGAAUUUAUGAACGACUGGUUGAGGAUACUUACACAGUAAGUACAAGUAAGUAAAUUUCCCAAAUACCACCUCCGGCUCGAUUCAAUUUAAAUCCCGAAUACGCCCCUGUCGUUUUACGGCGUUCCUGCGACAGGACCGUACGCAGGGCAAUCCGAGGCCCCCGAAACAGCGAGCGGCACUAAAGCAUGGGCGUUUUAUAGGUGGCGGGGUGCGAUGUCAUCAGUGCUUCAAGCGAUACAAGCACCGGAUCACGCUCAAUCGGCAUUUGAGAAUCGAAUGCGGCAAGCGAUCGAGGUACGAGUGCUCGUUGUGCGGGAAAUCGUACGCCCGUCGAAUCACCCUUAACAAACACAUGUCGAAGAGCCACGCUAAUCGAAGGAGAAAUUGAGGCGGAAUGUACGAGCGGCUCUGUAUGGUUAAUUCCGACGUUGCCAGACGGUCCGCAAUGCCGGAGAUGCGGCAAAACGUGCGAGAACAACUCCGUGAAUUUGCACGUGAAAUAUAAUUGCGACGAGAGCCCCAUCAAAUGCCCGAAGCUGGCCUGCUCCUUCGUAGGCAAACGGAAGCACAUGAAGGAUCACUUCCUGCGCCAACACGGACCCGAAAUCGCCAAAAAUCGACGUUUAAAAUAAUUUUUCACACACAAUUUAAAAUAUAAUUUACCGUAAAAUUGUUAGCAAAGUAUUAUAGUAGUAAUAAUUAGUGUCGAAUUGUAUACUGCAUGAACUUAUAACCUAACCGCAAAUCGCUUCGAUAAAUGUAAAUAAAAUCAACUUGUAGGCGCCAAAUCGAUGCUGAAGCGGAUGUUCUUCCCCCAAAACACCUGUCCCGUCUGCUACAAAACGUUCAACCGAAAGGACCACGUGCAACGGCACUACCUCGAGUUGCACAUGCAACACAGCCACUUCCGGUGCUCCAAGUGCGACAGGCCGUUCAAGCGGCGCUACCUGAUGGACAAUCACGAGAGGAACUGCGACGGGUUGCGGUUCCACCAGUGCCUCGACUGCAAGCUGGUGUACAAGACCAAGGAGAAGCUGGCCGCGCACGUGAAGAAGCUCCACUGCGAGGAGAACUUCCAGCCGGAGGGGAAAAUCGAUCCGGAGCGCCCGUUCUAUUGAGAGUUUGAUGAAAAUGCGCCAGGAGCGACCCUACUAUUAGUGGGCGGUGAUUGAGUUUGUUAUAGUAAGGGGGAUUGUCGAAAUUAUUUGUAGGAUGGUAGAAUGCGUAUUUUUUUUAACUUUGUAUUGUGUUUAUUGCAUUUCAAUCGAAAAAGACUGUUAAUUUUAGAAUUAAGUGCCAUUUUAGUGCCUAUGUGAGUAACAGAAUUGUAUUUAUAUUUUUUGAUAAUAAUAAAUAAUACAAACCACCAACAUGUUUUUAAUAAUAUUAACACUCGUUACUUGAAGUUAUGUUCGUUUUUAAUCGAUUUUUGUUUUAGGAUACAAGUUGAGUUUCACCUGUCAAUGCGGAAAAUCGUACAAACACGAAACGUCUCUGUACAGACACACGAAAUUCGAAUGCAGCGGGAAAGAUAGGAAGUUCAUUUGCGCCCUCUGUAGCGCAUCAUUCAAACGAAAGGAUCAUUUAAUUAGACACAACAAAUACACUCAUCACAUGAGAGUCGAAUCCUUAGCGCCCAAACGAAGGCCUUACUAAAAAUUAGUGCCCUAAGCCGCCCGACUAUCGUCCAAUUUGUUUAGCAAAAAAAGGAUCACUAUAUAUUUUCUAAGUUAACUAACUUUAUUAUAA